CCCAUCAAAACGGCCUCCGUCCUGAGCCGGCCCUGAACCAAAGCGAACCAUGCGCCGUCCCUGAGAUCGAUUCACUCCCUCCUCCCCUCCUCUCUCUCUCAAGCCCACCUUCCUCUGUCUCCCAUCUUCAACCUCUUCUCUUCCUCCGCUGUUUCUCUUCUCUUGCAAACCUAAGGUCGCGUCUUUCUCAACCACAGGCUGAUUGCCCGCCAAAUAUAUCGCUUUGGAGAGAGAGAUGGCUGGACUGUUAAGUCGCCGCCUACGCUUGUUUCCGUUCCUCCAGACCGUUCGACCCUGUUUUCCUCUAUCUCCAGCCGAAAGAUUGGAAGUUUCAUUUUAUUUGCCGAUGGAGCACGGAAGAGGAGGAGCCAUUGGAGAACAUUGGGUUCCCACCAUGCAAGUAUCCCGAUCCUAUGCUCGUGAACGCACACAUUAUGACUUGUUUGGUAGUGGAAGACCUGGUGAACAAGAAUUCAGAAAAGCCUGGGCAAAGGAGAUGGAUGAGGAUGACUGCCUGUGGACGGCAAGUGAGGAUGAAGAUGAAGAAGAUAAUGAAAAGAAUAAGAGCAAUUUGGAGAAGGAAAUUAAGAAAUUGAGAAAGACAGCUAAGGAAAAUGCAGACCUUAUUGAUGCCGAUGACAGUGAUGAGCUGAGAAGUUUAUGCCCUGAAAGUGAUGAGGAGAUGACUUUGUGGAGUGGUAGUGAAUGGGAUGAUGAUGAUGACAUUCCUACUGAGGCCCACCCAAAUGAGCGCAGUGAUCCACAUAUAGACAAAUUGUUUGAGUUUGAGGAAACACCUAAAUAUCGAUCCAUCUCAGAGUUGUUGAAAGCUGAAAAGGAGCCUCCAGAGCUGUCUCCAGGGAAGCAAGCUAGAAAGCUUGCUGUAGAAAAUGCACUGAAGAAGUUGAAGAAAGGGCCAGAUGGCCGCUAUGUAAAUGUGUUGGAGGUCAUGAGCGAUAUAGAUAUACUCAUUGGAGCUUUUGAAAACAUUGUUUCAGGACCAGAGUAUGCAGAGCUGCGAGAGGGAGGGCCUAAAAGGCUAAACUUACAGUUCUUUAAGGAUAUACAGGCACGUAUGAGAGAUCCAAAUUUUAAAUUUUCUCCUGAGUUAAAGUUAAAACCAAAGAAGAAAUUAGUUCCAAGAAAAAAGUGGCAAAAAGCUCAGUCUAGACGAAGGAAAAAUGAGAGACGAUAAGAAGAGGUAAUUGGUUGUAUGUAUCUUUUGGGCAACUUGUAACUACAACUUUGAUGGUUGAAUAUUACUUAUGAUGGCAGCAGAAUCUCUAUAAAUGCAAUUUUAAACCAUAUAAUAAACAUAUGUGCAUCAGGUUGAUUGUACAUACUGUAUACUUUGUA